UUCAGUUAUUACCGCUCCCUAGUCAAUUUAUUGCGAAUAAUUUAACACCCGCCUCAUCAAUCCUUGUUCUCUCUACUGCCCUCACAAUGCCCCCAAGGAUAACCUCAAGAGCAUUAUCGACUCUUUCUACUGCUCAGUCCUCAGCAGGAAGCUCGUCAACCCUUCCUCCUUCCACAUUCUCUCUACGUCAACACAAACGAUCGCCGUCAUCACAUUCGUUCACUUUUCGACACUUUGGUCCACUGCUUGCGCACCCAAGGAAUCCUUCAACGGCGUCACUUGGGUGGAGGAGAUCAUUCCAUUCUUCAACAGUUCACCCCGCUUCUGCAAAAGAUCCAUACAAUGUCCUUGGCGUAAACAAAGACGCCUCUUCCUCUGAUAUUAAGAAAGCAUAUUAUAGCUUGGCGAAAAAAUGGCAUCCUGACUCAAGCAAAGAAAAAGAUGCAAAAGAAAAGUUCCAUGAGAUACAGGCCGCUUAUGAUAUUCUGUCAGACGAUAAAAAACGCCAAGCGUACGAUCGAUACGGUUCCGCUUCAACACAGGAGGGCUUUGAUCCUAAUUUCGCCCAUGGUGCUGGCGGAUUCGGUGGAUUCCAAGGCUUCGGCCCUGGUUUUGGUGACGGCGCUAGCGAUCUUUUUGAGUCUCUUUUUGGAGGUGCAUUUGGCGGCGGUAGCAGUGCAUUCGGUGGUCGCCAGAGGCCUGUUAGGGGGGACGAUUUGGAGGUUGGUGUGAAUCUUUCAUUCCUGGAGGCUUGCAACGGUGUCACACGCAAAGUUACUGUCACACCAGUGAUUGAUUGCAAGACUUGUACUGGAUCUGGUCUCAAGCCAGGCGAGAAAAAGUCUCAGUGUCCUGCGUGUCGCGGCUCUGGCCAGCGGACUUUCCAAGUCCAGGGCAUGGUCAUGGCUUCAACUUGUCAAACAUGCGGUGGAACAGGAUCUACGAUUCCCAAAAAUGCGAGGUGUGGCGAGUGCGAUGGCGUCGGCAAAGUGAAGGAAAAGAAGGUUUUGGACGUGGAAAUCCCUGCAGGUGUAGAAGAUGGGAUGAUGAUCAGGGUUCCGGGAGCCGGUGAUAAGCCUCUUUCUGCUUCAGGGCCGGCCGGCGAUUUACUCGUCAGAGUCUUGGUUAAACCGUCGAGUGUGUUCCGAAGGCAAGGCGUAAAUCUUUAUCACGAUGCCAAAGUGCCGCUUCACAUAGCACUCUUGGGCGGUGUCAUUAGGAUACCUACCUUGGAAGGCGACGUGGACGUAAAGGUGAAGAAUGGAACCCAAAAUGGAGAAGAGGCAGUGUUGAAAGGGCGAGGUGUCAAGAGCGUGUACGGGGGAAGGAGAAAUGAUCGCGGAGAUCUCAUCGUGGGUUGGAAAGUACAAAUUCCUCGAUCUCUUACACCAUUCCAACGCAAAAUUCUUCAAGCGUAUGCGGAUGAUAUUGAAGGUCGCAAUCCCCAAGUACACUUUGGUCCGUUGCCAUCUGAUCCCCCUGUCACCAACCCAUCUUCGCCACCAAAGGAGCCUACAAAUGGUGAGGGCUCUUAUCCAUCAUAUCGUUCUCAAAACCAGCCCCAAGCCGAGCAUGCCCCCCAUCGACCGUCUCGGCCUCCCGCUGAACCGUACAAGCCCUAUAAUCCUUUAUCUUCAUCUGAAGAACCCAUCAGCUUGGCGAACAAAAUUGCUUCUGCCAUAGGCGGUGCCAUUGGAUGGGUUGAACGGUUCAUGCGGGGUAGGCGAUAGACGAGGGUACAUGUCAGGGCGGUGAGCACACUGUCUACGCUAGGAUUGAUGUUGACCAGGUCGGUUUAUUUUCAACAGGUGAAACCAAAAAAGAGAUUGGCGAGGAGGGCAGACAGACCAAAUCGGAAGAGGAUGAGGUAGGGGGGAAAAUCUGAACUGAAGAAGGUCUACCAGUGCAUGGAUAAGUCAUACGGUUUCGUAUGCGAGCUUCAAAAGAAAUUUCACGCACAACUCAGCUUCAUCUUUCCUUUUAAGUCUAGGGGCGUACGUAGCACAAGUUUCACUGUAGAUUAUCUGCAACAUGCAUAGGUACACAAUUUAAUUUGCGUGACGAAACAAACCC